GGAGCAUCUCUAUGCUACUAGUCUUCCAUGCAUGCCACAUGUGCAGCCGCCAUGUUGUCACCUUGUUGGCGCCAUGUCAUCUGCCACAUGUGACAGUACCCUCGGGGAUGUCAUGUAGAACCCGGCCGCAAGACCCCUCUCCAUAAGUUUGAGAGAAAUCGAUUAUACUACUACCACAAUACCACGAUAUAACCAUUCUAAUUGAUAAACCGACACACUAUAGUAUAUAUAUUAUAAUAUUUUUUUUUUUUUACAAUGAUAAAAUAAUAAAGUAGAAACCAAAACGUUGCUCAUAAGUCAUAACUCAUAACGAGCCUUCAUCUGCCACUCCACAGUUAGGGUUUUGCCCCCCCGUCCCUCCAUUGCCAUCCACUUUGGUCAGUUUAUCGGCUCCGACGUCCGAAAUAAUCUUCUCCAACACCCUAGGGUUGCUGCUCUCUGCUGUUCUUAUAUAACUUGAGAUUUCCUGUCAAGUCUCCCCGGCAGGUCUGUUGGAGUUUCAUCUGCCAUGGGCACUCUGGUUGAAUCGCAGCAGCACUCCGAAAGUUCGAAAAAGAAGAAGAAGAGAAGCAGAGAUAAAGAGAUUGCCGAAGAUGCUGAUGCCACCGCCGCGCAUCUCCAGAACGAUGGCGACGACGACGGAGCUCGGCCGCGGACUAUGAAUGUGAAAAUCGAGCUGAUUCCCGAACGGCCCGACCGUACUUCUCCGGUGGUGGGGUACUUCCCAUCCGGGUACAACCCUCUUCGUGACGGCGAUGGUGACCAAUCGGUGUUGCCUUCAGUCAAUCUGUACAGGAAUGUCCAGAGGAAGAAAGUAGAUGCAGGUGUGGGUGAUAAGGCUCCGAGCCGGAGAGGUCCAGAGAGGAUGGAGCUGGUGGUGACCCCUGAGGGAGGAUCGAAGGUGGAUUUUGUAGGAACGAGCUAUAAAGGCGAGGCGAGUAAUGCUCAAUUGGCUACUUAUGCGCUUGGGGUUCUGGAUAAAGAGACUCAGACUCUGAAGAUUAUGCCCAUUGCUGGAAAUAAGAUAUUUAGAUUGGAUGUGAGACGCCGAGUGCAUGAUAGGGUCGCCAAUGUGGAUGAACCAACGACGGAGAAUCCCGAGCUCUCUGCACAAGAACAUGCAGCCAAGAAGAGAGCGCUUGCUGCUCAAUUCGGAACUAAGCAGGCUGUGGCCAGGGAUAAGAAGAUGCAUGUUACGACCGGGAUUGGGGAAUCCAAGGUUGAUUUGGAGAAUCAUGCUGACAUCUUCCCAGUAAACAAAGACGCUACAGUCACUACUGCUGUCGACAUGGCUCGAAACAUCCCUCCACAUAAUUGUUCCGCCACUACGCCUAAGGAAGCGUAUCCAUUGGACAGGAUUAUUGCCUCCAGAGAGUGGGAGUUCCUCAGGGACUUUGAGAAGAUCAACCUACAAGGCGGCGAAGAAGGAUUUGAGACUUAUCCAUUAUUUGUUCGCAAUAGGAUCCAUAAGCUGCGCCGAGUUCAGGAUGACGAGGAGAGGAGAACUCUCUCUGGUAUUCUAUGCUACAUAACCCACCUCAUCAAGUACAAAGACCUGCGAUCCAUGGACACUGCGGAGUCAGCAAAGAGUCAUCGGUUCCCUGAAGUUGUGAGGGAUAAGUUCAGGGACAUGUUCGAUUCAGAACAAAAAAGCCUAACAGGUGACAAGAUGAAUCUGCUGAUCAGUUACGUUAUUGUCCUGACUUUGCACUUCGAUGGUUUCCAGACGGAAACUGCUGAUAUAACGAAGGAUCUAAGACAGAAUCCGAUCGCGAUGAGGACUCAUUUCGAGAACUUGGGAUGCAAGAGUGCGACCGUGAAAAAGGUGCGGGUAAUGACGCUCCCUGUUCCCAUUCAGUUCCCGGUGGCAAGAAGGAAACGAAGAGGGCGUGGCUAAGACAGAUAACGCCGAGAAUGUGGAAUUGAAUUGCUGGUUGGAUUUUGGUUGGUUGCAAGUGUUAUUUUGUGUCAGUCUUUUGAGUUAUAACUAUGCAGAAUUCUGCUUUCCUUCAUGGAAAAACCAGUUUUGGUCAAUGCUCCCCUAGUGUUACACUUACUUUUUCUUCUUCUUUUCCUCGACUUGCUAUCACUUGCGUACGGGUUGAUGGAUACUCUCUGGUAACUAUUGAUGGGGGCAAUGGGCUGGUUUGGAGCGGGUAUUACCGAAAUUCAUAUGAAAUGUCAAACCGUAAAUCAAUUAUCGGACACAAA